CGGCUGCCAGACAGUCCCCAUGGUAACGGGAGCGCGGUGAAGAUGACGUCACUAGCUGCGGCCGGCGCACUGCGUCUCUUGGAGUUGUAGUCUAGAUCAUGAUGAGCAAUCCGGCAGUGUUCUGAAGACCGAACUACAAUUCCCGGCGAGCACCGCGGCCGGAGGGUGACUGCCAUAUGUAUUGUCCGGGCGAGCCCGGGAGAGUUGAAUUUAGCUGCCGAUAGUUGGAGAUGAAGACCGUCACCCGCUGAGCGCCAUGAGGAGGAGUUUAGCUCCCAGUCAGCUGGCGAAGAAGAAGCAGGGCAGCUCGUCUGAAGAUGAGGACUGGCAUGAAGAUACCAAUCGGAAAAGAAAGCGAUGCAGCAUCGAUAAGGAGAGUAGGGACAGCUGGAUGUCACCAUUUCGGAAGCCUCUCGUUCAGCUGACGAACAGACCGGUGUGCCUUGACAGCAGACAACAUGAGGCGUUUAUCCGUAGUAUAUUAUCAAGGCCGUUCAAGGUGCCGAUUCCUAACUACAAAGGAGGAAUGGGCCUGCGGAUGCUGGGUAUUAAGAAAGCAGGGGUACGCAGAGCGCUCCAUGAUCCCUAUGAAGAUGGAGCACUAGUACUCUACGAACCCCCGAUCCUGAGUGCGCAUGACCAACUUAAACUAGACAAAGAGAAGUUGCCCGUCCAUGUUGUGGUGGAUCCUGUCCUGGGAAAUGUUCUCAGGCCUCAUCAGAGAGAGGGAGUGAAAUUCCUGUGGGAGUGUGUGACCGGCCGACGCAUUACCGGCAGUCACGGCUGUAUCAUGGCAGAUGAGAUGGGAUUGGGGAAGACCCUGCAGUGUAUUACUCUCAUGUGGACCCUUCUCAGGCAGAGUCCAGACUUCAAACCUGAAAUUGACAAGGCCGUAGUGGUGUGUCCCUCCAGCCUGGUCAGAAACUGGUAUAAUGAAGUGGGCAAAUGGCUGGAUGGGAGGAUUCAGCCCUUGGCCAUCGAUGGGGGUUCCAAGGAGGAGAUUGACCAGAAACUAGCUGGCUUUAUGAACCAGCACGGUACCAGAGUUUCCUCACCGAUCCUCAUAAUCUCCUAUGAGACCUUCCGCCUCCACAUGGAGGUUCUACAUAAGGGUAGCGUGGGAUUGGUCAUAUGUGAUGAGGGUCACCGACUAAAGAACUCCGAGAACCAAACAUAUCAAGCCCUAAACAGCCUCAAGACCUCCCGGCGAGUCCUCAUCUCCGGGACCCCUAUUCAGAACGACCUACUGGAAUAUUUCAGCUUAGUGCACUUUGUCAAUGCCGGGAUUCUUGGGACAGCCCCGGAGUUUAAGAAACGUUUUGAAGUCCCUAUUUUGAAAGGCAGAGAUGCCGACGCCAGCGAUGCGGACCGGGAAAAAGGCGAGGAGAAGCUGAAAGAGCUGAUCAGUGUUGUAAACAGGUGUCUCAUUAGAAGAACAUCUGAUAUCCUCUCCAAGUAUCUGCCCGUCAAGAUAGAACAAGUGGUUUGCUGCAGGUUGACGCCUCUGCAAUCCGAACUUUACAAAUUAUUUUUAAAACAAGCGAAACCCGCAGAGGAGAUGGCAUCGGGCAAGAUGAGCGUCUCCUCCCUGUCCUCCAUCACCUCUCUGAAAAAGCUUUGUAAUCACCCCGCUCUGAUCUAUGAUAAGUGUGUGGAGGAAGAGGACGGUUUUCAGGGAGCUCUGAGCUUCUUUCCCCCUGGAUACAGCACAAAGGCUGUGGAACCUCAGCUGUCAGGUAAAAUGCUGGUGCUGGAUUAUAUCCUGGCUGUAACCCGGAGCACAAGCAGCGACAAGGUUGUCCUGGUCUCGAACUACACGCAGACACUUGACUUGUUUGAGAAACUCUGCAGGUCGAGAAGGUAUUUGUAUGUACGUCUGGAUGGAACAAUGUCCAUUAAGAAGCGAGCAAAAAUAGUGGAGAAAUUUAACAACCCCUCGAGUCCGGAGUUUGUCUUCAUGCUGAGCAGUAAGGCCGGGGGCUGCGGUCUCAAUCUGAUUGGAGCCAACAGACUGGUGAUGUUUGACCCUGACUGGAACCCGGCUAAUGAUGAGCAGGCAAUGGCGCGGGUGUGGCGAGAUGGGCAGAAGAAAACCUGUUACAUCUACCGGCUGCUCUCGACUGGGACCAUUGAGGAAAAGAUCUUCCAGCGUCAGACACACAAGAAGGCACUAAGCAGCUGUGUGGUGGAUGAGGAGCAGGACGUGGAGAGACAUUUCUCUGUUGGGGAACUCAAGGAACUCUUCACGCUCAACGAGGACACAACGAGUGACACGCACGACAAGUUCAGAUGUCGUCGCUGUGUGAAUGGGCGCCAGGUCCGCCUCCCGCCGGAUGGCACUGACUGCACCUCUGAUCUGUCUCAGUGGAACCACUGUGCCGAUAAGCGCGGCCUACAGGACCAGGUGCUGAUGGCGGCAUGGGAUGCUGCCGUUACGUUUACAUUUCACCACCGCUCCCAUGAAGAACAGAGGGGAGUCCUAUAGCUGUGCAGUACCUGUUAGUAGUGAUCAGGAAGCCACGCAACAAGGGAAUAUCAUCUCCGUUUUUUGGAGAUGGGAAGCCACAGUGAUAACACAGGACAGCAGGAAACUAGCUCCUGAUCUUCAGCUGCCAGCUCUUCUGUGUCUGAUCUGCAGGUUAGCUGGUAGAUUUGCUGGUUUGUGAGAUACUGCGAUUCAUGUUUACGUCCCACAAAUGGGUCAGAUUAUCAUCUGUGGUCUGAUACUAAAGAUAUUGACUAUGACCGGAUAUAACUGCUGCCUUAUGCUAUAGCGUGGACGCUCGGAGUGUCCUGCAGUGUGGUUAGGGUCUGUGUCUGAUGAAUGGCAGAAGAUACAGAAGGGAUUGUACAUAAAAUGCUUGUUUCAGACAAGACCCCUAAUAUAAUGUUUCUGUGACAUGGGGGGAAGAUCCCGUCACGUCUGCUUCUGGUGUCCGUUGCCCUGACUAAGAGAUCUCUUUAUGGCUGGAUUAUUAAUGCCUAUAAGUUAUCCUGACAUCCUGGUGUGCACACAUCACUUUCUGCAUGUGAAAAGAUGCAGCAGAGAUGGUAUUUUUUUUCUAAUUCCAAAGCCUAAAUUAAAAUGGCCUUAAAAAAACAAACAAACAAAAAAACUACAAA